UUCGCAGCGCAUAAGAUGACCUACGGAACAGCCAAGACCGAGCUGGCCAAAGAUAGCGUUGCGACAAGGGUGGUUGGGAAAUGCAUGUUGAUCUCGCUGCCAGCUGGUGAUGCAAUCCGAUUACUUUGAUGUGCGACAGGAAACGACUCAGCGAGGCAUUUUAGCAUUUAUAUAUGACGAGCGGGCAAGCAUCAUUUAGGUAGCGUGGCUCAUCAACCGGGUUGGCGAAUGCGUUUAGCCGGCAUCUUGAGGUGAGUGAUGAGCGGCCAUGCGAGGCUGAAGGAGAGAUGUGCCCGUCUUGGACCGCGGGUGGAGGCGCACGCGGGGACGGUUGCUCGGCAUCCAGAUGUUCAAUCUCGGUGGCCAAAUUUUCCGUCCGCCAAACAAGACUACCUUCAAAAGCUGCCGAAUGUUCAGAGAACUGUGAGACUAACGGCCCUUCAAAACAUGGAGACAGAAGAUGCGCUGGCGAUUGCCUUGUUAGCGCGCACGUUGUCGAGCUGGGUUGAUGGGUGUUUCAAUAUGCAUGUUCUCAGGCACGCAAUUCAAAGUGGAAGACUCGUGGGGAUGAACGAGUUUACCCCAACCAAACCACCUUGGGCGUCUUGGCUACGGCCCCUUCGCCCAUCAGGGAGGUGUUCACGAAACCGCGUGGCAACUUAUCCAUUUAACCGGGAAGACCUCCGAGAUCGACGGUACCCCGAAGCAGGACGAACGCGCCUUUCACACUUCCUUUAGAACGCUUUCUUUCAAAAGUAGAGGCAAAUAUGCUGCCAUUGCCGAAGGCAGACGGUUUUCGCGUCAACUCGUCAGCGCGGCCUGUCACAUCGUUGUUUGCAAUAUAUGGUAGACACGCACAGCU